CUCGGCUUACAUCAAUUGGUAAUAACCAGUCAAUCAUAUGUUGUUAUACUACUCCACUAUAUGGGAUAUUGUUAUAUCAUCAGAGCUGCGGUGAAAGUGGUUUUUGUUGGUGGAGUUUUCGCGUUUUGCUGCGGCUCCGAUUCGGUAUCAGUUGUCGAGAAGAGUUAUCCUGGUCAAGAUGGGCAGAGCUCUGGUAUUCGUGAUCCUCGGUGUAGUCGGUUUGAUAGAGGCCUUCCCCGACGGGGCACCAGUCGAUGCCUGCGUCCGUCCGAACCACGCGAACGAACCGAACCACGGACGUUUCUCGCCGCAAUCUGCAGGAACGAACCCUUAUCAAGUCAUUGCAUCCAGCGACACUUACGGUCCUGGAGCACAGAUCACAGUCACCAUCCAUGGACACGAUACGUUCAAAGGAUUCCUCAUUCAGGCUAGGGAUGCAUCCACGAACGAAUGGAUCGGAAGCUGGUUGGAAGUGCCCAACACGAAGAUACAUCCGGAGUGCAGUGCCAUCACUCACGCAGAUCCCAAAGACAAGCAGCAGGCCGUUCUCGUCUGGCAGGCGCCGCAGACGGCUCACGGUGGUCACGUCUACUUCACGGGUACCGUGCUGAAGAGUUACAGCACCUUCUGGUCCGGAGUUAUCAGCAAAGUGGGCGCCUAAUUUACAUAUUUUUUUUGUACGUUAUAUCCUUAAUUAGUCUUAAGCAUACAUCCCAUUAACCGCAGAAAGGUGCAGACCGUAAACACGCAAAUAUUGAUCAACCACGGCCGUCGUCGUCGUAGUCGACGUUGUCAUCAUCAUCGCAGACAAUAACAAAAAUCUGUUGUUUGUAUGCAUUUCAACAAACCGCAUUUCCAUAAUUAUACACAACGUUGUUAUUUAUUUCCAUUUUACAAAAAAAAAAUAUACGUUAAUUAAAAAAAGCACAAUAAUU